AUGCCCGAAAUCACCCGCACCUACAACAACCCCCUAGCCUCGCACCAAGCCCGCCACCACCACGACCUGCGCAGCGGCCCACAAGAGCCCUCUGGCGGGGAGACGCGCGCCCAGCACGAAGCCGACAAGCCCAAGCACCCGGUAGACGAGGCAUUCCGACCGUCGCACGUGUUGGGUGCGGAGAAGAAUAUCGGGGCUCCUGAGAAGCUGGAUGCUAAGAAUCAGAAAGAGGGGGGGGCGUUGACGGGUGGAGGGUUGAAGGAGACGCUGGAUAUGAUGGCGACGGAGGAAUAUAACCCAUAUAGGGAAGGGAAGAAGAGUCAGAGGUUGCAGGAGGGGUUGCCUAAGGGGGUGGGAGGGUUGGAGGGGCGGGGGAGUGGAUUUGAGGGGGCGGGGGAGCGUGUUGAGGAGUAA